AUGACGGACACCACUCAAUCACCACAACCGCGGGCAGCACCCGCCUCAUCCACCUCCCUCUUCGACCGCCUGCCCACCGAACUCCGCCUCCAAAUCUACGACCUCCUCUUCCCCGACAAGCCCAUCCCGGCGCACCCCUGCGACGCCGGCUCCUUCCGGCGGGACGGCCAGCCGGCGUCGACGACCGUCCUGCGCCUGAACCGCGCCAUCCACGCCGAGGCCCAGGCCGUGCUCUACUCCAAGGCCCCCUUCGAGGUGCGCAUCCACCCGGGCGGCAUCGCCCUCUGCGGCGGCCGCCCGCUGACCUACCCGGACUUCGACUUCGGCAAGCGCGGCGGCCCGCGCAAGGUGCAUCCCGUCGUCGGCUGGGACGCCGUGCUGGCCCACGCCCGCCGCCUCGACGUCAAGAUCGUGGCGUGGGUGCAGUACAGCAUCUUCGACCACGUGCGCGAGUACGUGCGCCACUUUGUCGACAGGCUCGUCGAGGCUGCUGGCGGCGCUACGCCGGUGCUGCUGGACCUGCGCAUCAGCGUCGAGUGGCACAACGGCACCACCAAUUUCCCCGUCACCCACCCCACGCCCCAGAUGGCCCGCCAGCUGCUCGAGCCCUUCGAAAAGAUCAGGGUCCGCCGUAGCGUCGAUGUGGGGAACGUCGGCACCCCGCGGUACUUCUUUGGUGCGCCGGCGCUGGCUGUGGUCGAGGAGGAGGAGUACAAGGCUUUGAAGGACGAGCUGAGGAGCAGUAUGUUGUUGAGAUGA